AUAAUAAUGUUACGGACAAGAGAACGCUAUUAUGCGCGUUUGUUAGAAACCAAAUUAAGCAAAUCCACCAAAUUACAAUUUGCCAAAAAUACCGUAUGUGUUCGAACAUCUCAACUAGAAAAAAUUUCUUAGAAAAAAAAUCAAUCAAUUUCCCGUAAUACGAUCUGUGUCUACAACCUCGAGAGGAAUUGUAUGAGUAUAAUAAAUUAUAAUUCAAAUUCCAAACGCUCAGGGUAAAGUUGAAGUGGUGGGAAAAUGGAGCAAUUUCGAGAGAUAGGAGAGGUAUUAGGAAGCAUUAAAGCGUUAAUGGUGUUCAAGGACAACAUUCAAAUCAACCAACGUCAAUGCGGUCUACUACUCGACCUCUUCACCGCGGCCUACGAUUCAAUUUCCGAAUCCAUGCGAUCUAAUCUACGGUUCAAAGAGAAGAACACUAAAUGGAAGAUUCUAGAACAGCCCUUAAGGGAACUUCUAUUGGUGUUAACAGAAGGGGAGGCUUAUGUUAGAAUGUCUUUAGAGCCUAAAAUAGGGUUUUGGGCUAAGGCUAUUAUGUUGCAUGGCAAUAGAGAUUGCACAGAGCUUCACAUACAUAACUUGCUCUCUUGUCUACCGAUCAUCAUCGAGGCUAUUGAGACAGCAGGUGAGGUUUCAGGGUGGGAUGAAGAAGAAAUGAGCAAGAAGAAGUUGGUGCAUUCUAACAAGUAUAUGAAGCAAUGGAAUGACUCUCAGAUGUUUACCUGGAAGUUCGGGAGAGAGUAUUUGGUGACAGAGGAAUCCUGCAACCGGUUCGAGAGUGCUUGGACAGAGGACCGUUGGAUUUUAAUCAAGGAGCUUCAGGAGAAAAAGCAGCCCGGUUCAAGCAAACACGACCGGAAGAUGGCUGAUUUCCUUUUCAAGAAACUGGGAGAUGGAAACGAGUGUCCCAAGCUGUUUCCGUCUUCUCUUCUGGUCAGCGCGAAAGAUUACCAAGUGAAGAAAAGAUUAGGGAGUGGAAGUCAGUACAAGGAGAUUACCUGGUUAGGCGAGAGCUUUGCGCUUAGGCAUUUCUUUGGGGAUAUCGAUGCUUUGCUCCCUCAGGUUACUCAACUGCUAUCUCUUUCACACCCGAACAUUGUAUAUUACCUCUGCGGAUUCACGGAUGAGGAGAAGAAAGAGUGUUUCUUGGUCACAGAACUGAUGAGUAAAACACUAGGUACACACAUCAAAGAGGUAUGUGGUCCGAGGAAAAAGAACACUCUCUCCCUCCCUGUAGCGGUUGAUCUCAUGCUUCAGAUAGCUUUGGGAAUGGAAUAUCUCCACUCGAAAAAAAUCUACCACGGAGAGUUGAAUCCAUCAAACAUUCUUGUCAAACCAAGAAGAAGUUACCAAUAUGGAGAUGGGUAUCAUCAUCUGCACGGGAAGAUUUUUGGGUUCGGGUUGAAUUCUGUCAAAGGGUUCUCUAGUAAAAUAAGUGCUUCUUUGACGGGUCAGAAUGAGAAUUUUCCAUUCAUAUGGUACUCCCCGGAAGUUCUAGAGGAGCAAGAACAGAGCGGAACUGCAGGAAGCCUCAAGUAUACUGAUAAAUCUGAUGUGUAUAGCUUCGGGAUGGUUUGCUUUGAGCUUCUGACAGGUAAAGUGCCAUUUGAAGAUAGCCAUCUGCAAGGAGAUAAGAUGAGUAGAAACAUUAGAGCAGGGGAGAGACCGCUUUUUCCAUAUCAUUCACCUAGAUUGAUUACAAACCUGACAAAACGAUGCUGGCAUGCUGAUCCGAAUCAGCGUCCAACAUUUUCAUCGAUAAGCAGAAUUCUCCGGUACAUCAAACGGUUUAUAGCUUUAAACCAGGAAUGUCAUAGUAGUAGCCAACAAGACCCGCCCAUUAAUGCUUCUCCUGUGGAUUACUGCGAGAUCGAGACAAAACUAUUGCAUAAGCUUUCAUGGGAAACAACAGAGUUAACUCAAGUUUCACAAGUUCCUUUUCAGAUGUUUGCAUAUAGAGUUGUGGAACGAGCAAGAACUUGUAAGAAAAACAACCUCGAGACAUCUGAAUCGGGUAGUGAAUGGGCUUCGUGUAGCGAGGACGAAGGUGGAACUGGAUCAGAUGAGCAGGAGAAGGAAAGAAGAUUGUCAAUAUCAAAUGAUGUAGGUAUGAUGAGCAAGAAGAAGCAUGUUUCAAAACUGGUGAAAAGAGCGUCUGGCCGUUUUUGGUUUUUGUGUUCAGGAACUCCGAGAGGGAAAUCACGGCAUCCCCCACUAAGCCCAUGUGGGCAAAGCAUGAGAACAAACUCAGAGAGUCAACUGAUACUAAUAAGCCCAAAGAUACGAAGAUCAAACUCUGGUCAUGCCUCAGACUCUGAGCUUUCAUAGU